AUGUCUCGCAAUUGUCUGUUUGCCCUCACUCUUCUCGCUCUCGCAAUUCUUGCCUCAGCACACUAUGAACAGAGCUACCAGCAAGGGCAGCAAAUCAUCAAACACCACUCAUACCAACGAUGCUUCUGCAAGUACUACCCCACUUUCACAUGCUGUGUGCAACCUCAACUUGCCGAGUGCCAAAUGCCCACACACUUCCCAACUUGCGCGCCAACCUACGAGAAGUGCGUGGAGACAUGCAAAGUGAACAUCUACUGCAUCCAAUACUGCCAGACUCGUUUCCGUCUCGUUCCCCAAUUCCCACGAUGUCACCAUCACCACCAUCACCACCAUCCCUUCCAUUAA